AUGGGUAGCUUUCUUUCCUCGCGAAUUGACGACGCAGACUGGAAAUCAGAUGCCCGAUAUGCGAUGGAGUCUGGAACAUUUUGUGUAAUAUGUGGCGGCCCGUUCGAUGUGGAAGGGGAUGUGUAUAAUAUCGACCCGAAGGAGAUGCGCUAUCGGUGGCUGUUCGAAUUCCGUCUCCUUGGUAGUCCUUCGCAUGUUCUUACUCAUAAGGUGACUAGCGAAGAAGCAGAACCGAUGAAUGCCUCUGAGAGUAAUGAUGUAUUCCUCUCAGAAGAAGCUUGGUUCAGCAUGACGGGUUCUGGCUACUUUCGAGUCGGUGAUGCUGCCUUUGGAGGAGACACAUGGUUUGACGCUCUCCGCGAUGUUUCGGACACUGACACCUUGCUUCCUUUGCACGAAGCGUGCAUGGACAUCAGCUGUCGUGUAAUCGAACACUGUCAUGCGAAACGAAUGCAUACCGAGCCCAUUUCAGCGCUUGCUGUUCUCAAUUGCCUCCUACAAGAACGCUUUCGUAGCAACGCCCACGCCUCCUUCGAGAUGAGAAACGAUCUUCUUGACCUAUGCACGGCUUCUGAAAAAUAUGGGCCUCGUAGUGUGAUGGCUUUGACCAAGUUAGAGUGGUGGGGAGGCGAAUACGAGAAAUUCUAUACUGACCCUCUCAAUGUAUCCACAAUCACAUCAUUUGCCCUCAGUGUCCUGAAAGCUUCGCCAAAUAGGAAGUUCGGUCAUGAUUACACACCACCCAUAACACGAGAGCCUCAUGGUAUUGAGCUUUUACCGACUGAGCUGUUGGACCAGGUAUGCAGUUAUCUACCAGCGACAUCAGUCAUCAAAAUGCACCGAGUAUCGAAGACGCUCGCUCUGAAGGUGUCCUUAGAUAACAGCUUUUGGCGUAAUAGCCUCCUGGACGGGAGUUUACUCCCACAUGUUUGGGAUCUUGACAGAGAACAGCUCGGCACGCCCUUCUAUGAAACCUCCAGCGAUUGGAAAAGCGUAGCGCAGCUGCUAGCUAAGAGGAGGCUUCCUAUCAGCGUACGAGACCGCAGAUUAGAUGGCUUGCCGAAUGGUCUUUGGAAUAGAUGCAGGAUCUGGAGCAUCAUGGAAGAAGCCGUCGAGCUUUAUCUCUCUCGGUCAGAUCCCAGAAGUCCAACUAAUAGCGCUGUGGACGUCUGCAAGAGCCUCGAGCCUGUUGAAGCAUGGCAAUUGGAAGAAAUGUUGGAAGAGUUUGAAUACUAA